AUGCCUUCAUGCAACAUCAACAAAAGCUCAGAUCAGGGGCAGGUACUUCAAAGGUGUCAUCUAAUUGUCUGGGAUGAGUGCACCAUGGCUCACAAGGGAACUUUGGAAGCAUUAGAUAGAGCCCUGAAAGACAUCCGAGACUGUCAGGCUCCAAUAGGAGGUGUAACGCUUCUGUUGUCAGGUGAUUUCAAGCAAACUCUUCCUGUCAUUCCGAAAGGCACUAGAGCAGAUGAGGUCCAAGCAUGCCUAAAGUCCUCUACCUUGUGGCAUCAUGUUAUGAUCCUCAGUCUUACCACUAACAUGAGAGCUCAGCUACAUGGCGACCAAAUGUCCGCAAAGUUUGCACAGGACAUUUUGACACUUGAUGAUGGCAAGGUGCCUCUCGACGCUGCAGGACAAAUGGAAGUGUGGCCAUUUUUCUCUGUUGUUAAUUCUGUGGAUGAGCUCAAACACAAAGUCUUUCCCAGCUUCACAGAAAACAACAAAAGCACAAAAAUAGUUAUAGCUGUUGCCAAUGUCAUGUAA